CACUCACAACAUAUUUCGCUCCGCUCGAGCCUUUAAUGUACUUCAAGCACAGCUACUGCCUACUUAAAUCCAAACCAAGAUGAUGAAUGAAGGAAAAUCUCUCGCCGAAGCGCUGCUGUUUGCCAAGGCGGAAGGGCGCCUUACUGUUGGCGUCUAUGAAUGCGCAAAAAUAAUGAACGACGACCCUGAUAACGUGUCUUUCUGCCUUUUGGCCACUGAUGACUUUGAGUGCGAUAUCGCUCUCCAGAUCCAUUUUACUCUGAUUCAAGCGUUUUGCUUUGACAACGACAUCAGCAUCGUCAGAGUAAACGACCUGAAACGUCUCAACGCUCUUGUUGGUGCCAAGGGUCAACUCGAGGACGCUCACUGUGUCCUUAUAACGAACCCAGCUGAGGACUCAUGGGAGGAUCCAGCUCUGGAGAAGCUUCAUCUGUUCUGUGAAGAAAGUCGCAGCUAUAACGAGUGGGUUCCUGAGAUCACUCUGCCCGAGCGUUGAUCUGGAGCUUUACUCUUCUCUGUUGAGAUGCUGUAAACCUUGAGGAAUACUCGACUCAUCCUUCGAAGCAAGGAUGCUGAUGUUUCCACAUCCCUGGAUGCUCCUGAGGAGGCUGAACCAUCCAGGCAGCGCGAGGCAGGUCCGAGUGGCCCUCGCGGUUCUACGUCGUUCCUCGUCCCGUCCAUGCCAAGAUGAUCCUCAUUCUUUAUGUGAACGAGGUCAGGUAUGCCACGAGAGCGACACCAUGGCCCUCAUUCUUUGUGCGGAUGAGGUUUGGAGAGAAAGGAGAAGCGAGGUUUGCCUCUGUUCCACAGAGCAAAUAUCGCAUGCGUUGGACACGCAGAGGACGCGGCGGUGCGUCGAAGCAACGUUUUUAAAAAUGGACUUUAACAUCUCAGACAUUUUUAAAAAUGGAAUUGCUGCACAAUAUAACGUACUUUAUUGUCGGCAAUGUGCUUUCCACUUUCCAGAAUUGUCUUAUUCUCUAAAGGUUUCACUUUAGAAAUAUAAAAAUGACAUAAAAUGGGUGAAAAAAGAGAGAGAGAGAGAGAAAAAAACUAACUUAAAAAUCUCUAAAGGUUUCACUUUAGAAAUAUUAAUAUGACAAAAAAAGAAAAAAAACGAACUUAAAAAUCUCAAAAAAUUUCACUUUAGAAAUAUUUGAUAUAAAAUGUAAAAAAAAGUAAUUAAAUGUUUUUUGACUUUGCAUUACAACUUUUGCAUUGUAUAAAUUAUGUAAUAAUGCAUAAAACAAUAAAUGUAUUAAA